UUUGCAGAUACAAUGCUGAAAAUAUCCAUUUUAAAGGUGGAGAACCCGUCCUGCCUCUGGGGUCGUGCUGUUCUGGGUCCGGAUGGUGACAUGGAACAGUACAACAAUCUUCAGGUGCAGAUGAACCUCUUCUACAAUGAUGUCACACGUGACCCACGUGAGCUACAGCCUGUGACGUUGGAGGAAGGACAGGUGUGUGUGGUGUAUUGUUCGGCGCUGAAGUCGUGGUGUCGGGCCACGGUCAACUCAGUCUUGAAGGAUUCGGUGUCUUCUCGGGUUCUGUGCUUCCUUGUUGAUCACGGAGAACAAAUUGUUGUUCCGUCAUGCCAGGUACGAGUCACCAUUCAGAAGUUCCUUCUGCUGCCUUUCUGGGCAAGGAGGUUCCACCUUGCGGGAAUCAAACCAACAACCCUACGAGUGCUCCUCUUGGAGGAGAAGGCAGAACUUACUGGUUCGAGUCAGUGGACAGCUCUGCGACACUCUACCUGCACAACCUGCUGCAAGCAUCAGUUCGACGGAGGCGGUGUUACGUGGAUUCAAAAGGAAGAGUCGACCUCCAUGGAUCUGUACGUGACUGUCAGUACCAGCAGUUCUAGUAGAUCAGCAGAGUUCGAGACGACGUGUAGAUUUAAAGAAAGCACAUGUUUACGACUGUUGGAGUGGUUGAAUCCAGUGCUUCUGAAGCCUAAAGAUGACACGGAUGUUUCCAGUGAUCCCGUCUGCAGUGAGAUGCUGGUGCACUCGGCCUUUCCAGUGGAGCCAUGCACCAGCAUGGAUAACGCCCCCAUCACAGACUCAAUCCGCCAGGUCCUGCAGAGGAGGCGUUAUUGCAGUCUGUCACCAGCAGAGCGCUACAGCUGGCCCGCUGUGGCUCGCGGCUGCAACACCGUGGUCAUCUCUAGCGACGCUGUGCGGCCUCUCAGCUACCUGCCGCCGCUCCUCACCCACAUCCUGCUCAACUCCAGCUUUAGCUCCACAGCCGGGCCGGUAGCGGUGCUGGUGUGUCCGGGCUGGGAGAAGGCUCAGAUCAUACAGGACCUGCUGGAAGAGACCAAGGUCACCCAAACCCUCCACCCCGUGAUGGCGCUCGUAGGCAUCGCCAAAGAUGAAGCCAAGAGCGUCAGAAUCCCCAAAAACUGUGCCGUGUUGGUGACCACACCCUUCAGCCUGGUCCGUUUGCUGGCCUGCCACAGCUUUCUCUUCCUGCAUUUGUUCCACCUGGUGUUGGAUGAAGCUGAUAAGCUCUUUUCUUUGGCCCCAGACCAGAUGGAGGUAAUUCUGCAGCAUUUCCACAAGGUGACCUCCAGUGACAAAAACGCAUUCCAGCCCCAGCAGCUUGUCGCCUGUGCAAAGACAUGGACCUGUCACAUGGAACACCUGGUGACAUCUCACAUGCCCUACUGUUGUGUCGUCAUCACGUUGCCCGAGGAAGCUGCGCUGUACGGCAACGUUCAGCAGGUUGUCCUCAUGUCUUCAGAUACCAAUAACAUCUCAGUGAUGCUGGGUGCACUAGAUUUCAACCCCGAUGUCGGACAGAAGACUCUGAUCAUAGCCCAGUCUGCAGAGGAGGUUGAAAACAUCUGUAAGGUAUUAACCAACAAAUCGGUGUUCUGCCUGAGGACCCACGAGGGAUUGACCCACCUGUUCGACUCUGUGGUCCAGCAGUGGAGGAAGGACGUUGGUUCUGGCACGCAUAUUAUUCUGGUGACGACUAACGACUGUUUUCCCUGCCUGGGGAUCACCGAUGCCACUUGUAUUGUCCACUACGGCUUCCCCAGUUCUCCCAAAGUGUUUGGGAGCCGGCUCCUAUGCAUGGCAGAGAACUUCAGGAACCUGUCUGAGCAUGAUCCAACGUACAUCCCGCCCGCCACCAGGUCGGUGCUGCUGAUCUCUGAGAGGAACUCCCGCCACAUCGCCGGUGUGCUGCGGUAUCUGUUGCGAGCAGGUGCCCCGCUGCCUCCCGAGCUACUGUCCUUCGCACAGGGCAUCUACGAGGCCCGUGAGGACCAGAAGACCAGCAGGCCUCUAUGCAGCUACCUGAAAAGCUUUGGAGUCUGCAGAGAAAGCAGAUUGUGUCCUGACCGUCACAGGUUCAAUCCCCGGCUGGAUCAGUCGACAUUCCCGGCCCCCGGAGUUGUAGAAGUGCUGCCGCUCUACGUUAAGACAGCAUCAGUCUUUUACGGUCGGAUCGUCAACCAGGAACACAGCGGUUUCAAUGACAUGGCAGCCGACAUGGCUUCCUACUACAUCGAGAAGAAAGCUGCACCUGGCGAGCUGCUGGAGGGAGGACUUUACGCCGUCCUGCAGGAUGAGCUCUUCCACAGGGUGAAGGUCCUCUCUGUACCUGACAGAGGUGACCGGCUGUUCUUCAGUGUGUUGGUUUGGUUUCUGGAUGUGGGGAAGAAGGAGGAGGUCAAGUCCCAUCAGAUCUUCCACCUUCCGGACAGUUUCCACUCUCUUCCUGCCCAGGCUGUGGAGAUGAUCGUCUGCCGGGUCAAACCUGCUGAUGCUGAGACAGACUGGCAUCCAAAGGUGACCCGAUCCAUCAGCCAGAAGAUCCGAGGACUACAGCACCGAGCUCGAGCAGUUCUCAGUCUGGGAAAUACCAUUUUUCUUGAUCCCAUGGUCCGGGUGACUCAGGUGCCGGGGAUGAAGACGGUGAUCAACGAAUACAACGUGUCGGCUGAGGUCCUGAACACCGGGAUGGGAGUCAGCAACCCAGACCACAUGGUGGACCUGCUAAAGGCGCUGCACCAGGACGCCAUGAACACCGAGCAUGCGCGCAGGUCAGAAGAUGGUGCUCUGGAGGCCCAGGUUCAAACUGGGGACGGCGUCCUGGCUGACACCUUCAGGGUCCCAGAGCUCACCGCUCCAAAGCCGCUCAGUCCAGCGUGUUCUCAGAGCCACCCAGAACCAGCACCGUCUCUGUGGGGCGUCCACGCUGCCUCUGGACCCGAGGCCGAUCUGGGCUCGGCUGAACACAUGAGGGAUGGAGGUGGAUGUGAAUUUUGUCCCCAAACCACUUCACCAGCACAAAUCAUCCCUGAUGAGAACGGUUUGUCUGCAUGUGAGGAUCAGAGCAGCGACGAGCAGCUUGUCAACACUAACGGAGCCGACACCGUCCUCCAGACUAAAAGUUUCCACCCACAGGUCCGCUGGUACCAGACGUCAGACUCUGUGGUCCUGAAGGUGGAUUUGAUCAACCCGGAGCACCAGCGCUGUGAUUUCUACCCGGACAGAGUCGUCUACAGUGGCACUGUGAGCGGUCGGUUUUACCGAGCCGAGCUGGAGCUUCACGCCGCCGUCGCCGUCGAGCGCUGCAGCUGGGAGAUGAAGUCCAACAAGCCGGUUCUGAAGCUGAUCAAACAGCAGCCAGGACUCUGGGACAGACUCCUCAGAAACAAAAAUAUUUUUGUGAGCUUUGACACUGAGCACAUUGAUGAGGAAGAAGACCGAACACAGAAACAAGGAAAAGGUCGCCACAUGUUUGAUGACUCCGAGGAGGAGAGGAACGGGUACGUCUUCUCAGACAGCAGCAGUGAAAGUGACUGAUCAGAACAUGUUUAUUCUCUUUACCGCCAGGGUCGUGACCUUUGACUUUUCACUGUAACGGCACCUGUUUCUAUCAAAUCCAAGAGUUUAUUAUUUUUCCAGCAGUGAAAGAUGGUCAGGAUUAAAAUUCCAGACUCAUUCAGUGGGUUCUGUUUUCCCGCAGUUCCCUUUUUCUUGUGUUCCUGCUGCAGAACCAGUUCGGUGGUUUCCUGCUCGUCAAACUCAAAGCAUUUGAAGUGUUUAUAAAAAUACAAGAUAUGUUUAAGUUUAAGCUGUACGUCGAUCUUUGUUUUUGCUGCCUGCAGAACGCUUUCUGCAGGAACGACGAGAGACAUGCUCAGUGUCACACGUUACCAUCAUAGUAACGGUGCCAAUGGUCAGGGUGACUCCGCGGGCCCACAGCUUGAGAAUCACUCAGAACCCAAACUACUGCACGUGUUUGGUUUCUCGCUGAUGGAACGGCACGCGACAGGACAAAUGUUCUGCUGUUCCUCCAUCAUUAUUUUGUUAGUGUUUGUUUCUUUAAUAAUUGUGUCCGGUGAGACAUGCAGCGGUGGAAUGCACAGCUGUACGUGUGCGUUCCACCGGCUGAACACAGCAUUAUUCACUGAUUUGGUUAAAUGCUGUGGGAUUAGUCGGUGAGAUUAGAACUGACCCAGGUGAUGUGCCGCUGGGCGGCUUAUGUUGUUCUAAGUUUCGACCUAACUUGUGUGAAGCACCUUGAGGCAACUUUGUUGUGAUUUGAUGCUAUAUAAAUUGAAAUAUACAAUGUUAGUUGAAAUGACCUGGGAUUUUUCGUUUACCCAGUUCAGGUUGAUUUAUUCACGUUUGCUGUUUAAACUAUUUCACUGUCAGUGAGCUGAAGGGGUGAUUUUUCAGAUAACAGGGUGGGGGCGCUCUUACGAGUGACUUUAAAUCUUCAUGUUUGGGAAAUCCGUUCCCAAUUUUACGUUUUUCUGUCAUUUGUGUCAUCUUCCAGUGUGUAGAUUGACACUAACGGCAGCGGCAGCAGCGCUGAUGUGGAAUCUGCAUCCAGCGCAGUGAAAAGAUGUUUCAGGGCUUUAGCGAGUGGCAUUUGCAUCAACUGUUGUGGCCACAGUGUUGCUGGUGUGGAUCCAGAUCUCAGUUUGGCAGACAUGUUUUGCUUUCCAUCCAGACCGACAACCCCAAUUCCAAUGAAGUUGAG